CAAGUAGACAGUGAGCAGUUGGGGGCAGUUAACUCGCGGAUCACAGUUUGUAUGGUGGAGAAGGGACUUCUUCGGGGGAUUAGAAAGGAGCGGAAGAAGGAUUGGCUCGGAGCAUGUUGCUGGAAAAGAAGGAGGUGUUCGUGGGAUUGAACGGAGUCAAAAUAGGGAGGGAGAACGGCAUGCGAGCGGGGAUGUUUAACAGUUCCAGUCCGUCUCCCCAGCAGCGCCUUCGCAAAGAGCUUGGUCGCAGAGGCCUUGCACGUAGACGUCCCACUUAUCUCUCCCUUCUCCUCAUUGCAGGAGUGCUUUUCAUAGCAGGGUUCCUCCUUGUAGGGCUACAAUGGCAUCCCAAUCCUUCCCAAUCUGUGGGUGAGAGAAUACCUGGCGUCGAUGGCUCAACCGACGAAGCACUCAGUCUGGACUCACUUUCAAGACAGCUUGGUGAUCAAAUGACUCUUUGCAAAUCCUAUGCUGUGAUUGCCAAAGAGAACAACAAUCUGCAGUUGGCUUGGCAUCUGAGUGCCCAAAUUCGAGCUGCACAACAGCUCCUAUCUCUGGCCGCUACUCGGGGAACCCCGAUUCUGUGGGAAGGGGCAGAACCAAUUAUGCGAGAGAUGUCUGCUCUCAUCUUUCAAGCCAAAGAACUGCACUAUGACAGCGCCACCAUGCUCAUGAAACUGAAAGCCGAAAUGCAGGCUCUGGAAGAAAUGGCCAAUACAGCAGCUACUCAAAGCGCAACAUUUGGGCAGCUAGCGGCAGAAGCAGUUCCAAAGAGUCUUCACUGCUUAAGCUUGAGACUUGUGACCAAGUGGGCUACGGAUGGAAAGCUACGCGAAAAAGCGGAGGCAAUGCAGAAGAGUUUCGUCCCGAAGCUCACGGAUACUGCUCUUCAGCACUUCUGUGUGUUUUCUGACAACGUACUGGGUGCUUCCGUUGUCAUCAACUCCACAAUAAUGAAUUCACAUAAUCCCGAGCGCCUUGUCUUCCAUGUCGUCACAGAUUUUGUGAACCACGGGGCGAUGCAAACGUGGUUCGCGGAGAAUGACUUCAAAGGUGUGGCGGUUGAGAUCCGGUAUGUGGAGAGCUUCACAUGGUUGAAUGCUACUUACGUUCCAGUUCUCAAGCAACUUCAAGAUGCAGAGACUCAAAGUUACUACUUCCGGUCUAAUACUCCAGGUGGGGGGGAAGCUCAAAAAACUGCGCUCAAGUUUCGGAAUCCCAAAUAUUUGUCUAUGCUGAACCAUUUACGGUUCUACAUUCCGGAAGUUUAUCCCACACUGGAGAAGGUCGUCUUCUUGGAUGAUGAUGUCGUGGUUCAACGAGAUCUCUCCGACCUUUUCUCGCUUGAUCUACACGGUAAUGUGAACGGUGCAGUGGAAACCUGUCUGGAGAGCUUUCAUCGCUUCCAUAAGUACUUGAACUUCUCCCAUCCGAAGAUCAAAUCUCAUUUUGAUCCAGAUGCAUGUGGUUGGGCAUUUGGGAUGAAUGUGUUUGACUUGGUUCAAUGGAGAGAGAAGAAUGUAACUGCUAGGUACCACUACUGGCAAGAACAAAAUGUAGACCGGACGCUUUGGAAACUGGGGACGUUGCCCGCAGGGUUACUUGCCUUCUACGGGCUCACAGAGCCUCUGGAUAGACGGUGGCAUAUUUUAGGACUUGGUUACGACGCAAAUAUUGAUGCAGAGUCAAUUGAGAAUGGCGCCGUUGUGCAUUACAAUGGCAACAUGAAGCCAUGGCUAAAACUAGCCAUGAGUAGGUACAAGCCCGUCUGGGAGCGAUAUGUUGACUACCAGAAUUCUUAUUUGCAACAGUGCAAUUUUCACUAAACCAUUCAUAUACCUUGUUUAGACUAACCAGAUUCCCAGGUCCAUUUCAAAGAUCUCGAAGUUGCCUUCUCAUGCAAGCAAAUGUCUGUGAAGAUUCGUCAUCCAAGUAUGGGUUAGCUAUUCAGCCAGUGCUUCAGACUCUCCUUGCCACGAAGUUGGACCUGGUUCAGCAAUAAGUGGUGCAUCAGAAUUCGAGCAAACAGUGGCCGUCAACGCUCUCCAGGUCCUUGGAGGCGGACCUCGUAAUCUAAUCCUGUGAGAAACACUCUAACCUCAACACUGAACGAGUGGCAGCUUUUGUUAAGUUGGCAUGGUUAAUUGCACGGAAGCAAAGAUGCGAAGUUGCACAACAAAGCUGAUCCGAGGAUAAUCGGUCUUGACUGUGACGGGGUCUUUCUGGAAGCGACAGCUAGCAAGGAGCAGGCGGCGUAGAAGAGUGAUCGCCCACUUUCUUUAAGUUUAAUAUUCUUCGAUCAAUCGUUCCUACUUAGGCUCAUUUCUGGAAUUAAAUACAGGUAUUCAUUGCUUUUGAAAACUUCAAGUGGGACUAUGUGUCAGUGGUCUUGGUACUACCUGUCCUCACCUUGGUAAUACUUUUGUGUCGGUGUUUGUGGAAUUGGUGAGAAAUGUGUGUUUAUAGAUGUGUUCAA